ACCGGAACCUCCGCGCUAGGUGACGACCACCUCCAAUCGCCACUAUUCAGCUUGCAACACGUUAUCUCGCAUUGGCUCUCUCCACAGCCUAGACUCCACGUAGCGCAUCGCCUGGGGAGGGGCGCUCGUCACCCCUCUUCUAAGAGGCCUCGAGCGAGUCGACCAGGACCGUCGCGACACCAGAAGUGCCCCACAUGGGAAACUCUUUGAUCUGGCGGGAUGCUUCAUGGAGCUAGACUGCAUGCUUCCGACCUGCUUCCGAUGCGCCCUGGUUGCGGGUGCGGCUAACUGGAUGUCAUCUGCUUGCAGGUCAUCCAUAUCUAAUCCAAGCCUCCAGUUGGACUUUUCGUGCCAUCAUCCGCUGUACCUGCCAUCAUCCGCUGUACCUGCCAUCAUCCACUGUGCCUUUUCUUACUUAGCAUUUGUCGGUGACUGCAUCAAUUGACCCUGCCGACACGUAUUAACAACUCCCCGACCUGUUAACUAUCACAAUGGAUCCCAGAAAUCUCGAGAAGCAGCGUGAGCCGGAGGAGCCACGCUUCCUCAGCUUCCCUCACCUCCCUGAAGGCGCAAAGAAGGAGGAUGGCACACCUGCGCUGAAUAGAUGGUCGUCCACACUCACCACAGGUCACAACUUCCCUGGUGCUCAGGCCAUGUUGUACGCAGCUGGCGUUCCUAACAAGGAAGCCAUGAAGACAUAUCCUCAAGUUGGUAUUGCUAGUGUUUGGUGGGAGGGCAACCCAUGCAACACGCACUGUACGUCGGCGCUUUCGAAUGCACACAUCCAAUCAUUACUUGGGUUGGGCAAGGAGAUCAAGAAGCACAUUGAGCAGGACAACAUGCUUGGAUGGCAGUACAACACCGUAGGAGUGUCGGACGGCAUCACCAUGGGUGGAGAGGGCAUGCGAUUCUCCCUCCAGACCCGCGAGAUAAUAGCAGACAGCAUCGAGACUGUCACCUGCGCCCAACACCACGACGCCUGCAUUGCACUGCCUGGGUGCGAUAAGAACAUGCCUGGUGUGAUUAUGGCAUUUGCCCGUCACAACCGACCCUCGAUCAUGGUGUACGGCGGCUCCAUCAUGCCCGGGUAUUCAGAGACACUGAGGAGGCCAAUCAACAUCUCCACAUGCUACGAGAAGCACGGCGCAUACAUCUACAAGAACCUCGAUAGUGCAGAACCGGGCAAGUUCUCGCCAGACGAGAUCAUGGAAGACAUCGAGAAGAACGCAUGUCCCGGAGCCGGAGCGUGUGGUGGCAUGUACACUGCCAAUACCAUGUCCACGUCUAUCGAAGGCAACAUAUCCAUGGGGCUCACACUCCCUAACUCGUCCACAACACCCGCCGAAUCUCCCGCAAAGAUGCGCGAGUGCGCCAAAGCCGCGGCAGCAAUCCGCGUCUGCAUGGAGAAGAACAUCACACCGCGCAAGCUCCUGACCAAGGCAUCGUUCGAGAAUGCGCUCGUGAUGAUGAUGGUGCUGGGUGGCUCGACCAACGCAGUGCUGCACCUGCUCGCCAUGGCCGGUACUGCCGACGUCGCCCUAACCAUCGAUGACUUCCAGCGCGUCAGCAACAAGAUCCCCUUUCUCGCCGACCUCGCCCCCAGUGGCCAGUUCAUGGCAGCCGAUCUCUUCGACAUCGGCGGCAUGCCCGCCGUCAUGAAGCUCCUCAUCGCCGCCAACCUCCUCGACGGCUCCAUCCCCACCGUGACCGGCAAAACCCUCGCCGAGAACGUAGAACCCUACCCCUCUCUCCCCCAAGACCAGGUCCUCAUCCGCCCCCUCUCCAACCCCAUAAAACCCACCGGCCACAUCGAGAUCCUGCGCGGCAACCUCGCGCCCGCCGGCGCCGUCGCCAAAAUCACAGGCAAAGAGGGCCUGAGCUUCACGGGCAAAGCGCUCGUCUUCGACAAAGAACACCAGCUCGACGCCGCCAUGAACGCGGGCGAGAUCCCGCACGGCGAGAACGUGGUCGUGGUCGUGCGCUACGAGGGCCCCAAGGGCGGCCCGGGCAUGCCCGAGCAGCUCAAGGCCAGCGCGGCGAUCAUGGGCGCCAAGCUAACGAACGUCGCGCUCAUCACUGACGGGCGGUACAGCGGCGCGUCGCAUGGGUUCAUUGUUGGUCACAUGUGUCCCGAGGCCGCGGUGGGGGGGCCAAUUGCGGUGGUGAGGACGGGCGAUGUUAUUACGAUUGAUGCGAAGGCACAUCGUAUUGAUAUGCAUGUUAGUGAUGAGGAGAUUGCGCACAGGUUGAAGGAGUGGAAGGCGCCGGCGAUGCCGGUUACGAGGGGAGUGUUGGCGAAGUAUGCGAGGUUGGUCGGGGAUGCGAGUCACGGAGCCAUGACGGACUUGUUCUGA